UAAGACCAUAAAGGAUGCUUUGAGUCAGGCGGAGAGGUGGAGAAGAGAGGGGGCCCCGGUCAAACAGUCCCCAGGCUUGUCGGAGACUGCUGGCUGCAUUGCAGAGGGAUAGGGAGCUAGCUGGGGGUGUCCAAGGAAGGGAGGGGUGAGGCAGGGAAAGGGGGGUUAUAGGAGACGGAGAGGGUAGAUGUAGAGGAGAAGCUCAGCAGUGUCGGGACAGUACGGGGACAGCGGACAAGAGGAGGAAAGAUCAUUUGCGCUCUUUUGGAAACGGGAUGCAGAGAAGAGUUAAUACUGCAGCACCGACAGAGGAAGAAGAGGGGGGAGGUGAGGAAGUCUGCAAAUUAUUUUUUGCAGGGCACGAAGACAAAAUCCGACUUCAGGACGAAGCCAAGCUGAAGACUCCCCCCUUGGCCCGCAAUCUUCACCUUCAUCCUUGCUUUGGCCCCAUGCUGAUGGUGCAAAUCAGUUCGCAAGGAUGCAGAACAGCAGAGGCAGAGCCCGGACUACAAACCCCCAUCCUGUGUGCUACAGCCGUAAGACUACACCAGCAUCAGCUGCUUGCUGAGCACCUCUGAUCACAUCUCAGCUGGGGGGCUUCAUGCCCUGGGACAGUCCUGGGAGAUAGAGGGAGGCGGUGGGGGAGGAAGAAGAGGAGGGGGAGGUGCUGGCAGGGGGGAGGCUUGCUCAAAGAAGUGUUGGAGGGUGGUUUCAGCUGCUUGCUGUAUUUUUGGAUGUGGGAUCUCCUGAAUUAAGCGAGCAGGCUAGAAUAAAGAUAUAGUGUGAGCUAGUAGAAGGAGGGGUACAGAACAAGGAGAGUGCUGUGCUGAGGAGAGCAGAGGCUGGACAUCCCGGCUCAACGGACGGAGAUCUGGGGGAGUCCUUGGUGGGAGACAAAGAUUCAGAAGAUCCACUGGAUCGGAAAGAUGCCCUCUCGCUGCAGGAAUGCGCUGAACAUUGUGGUCACCACCCUUUUUGCUGCAGUGGUUCUCUUUACCAUCCUGCUUGCCUAUGUCACAGGCUAUCAGUUCAUCCACACUGAGCAGCACCAUCUCUCCUUUGGCCUCUAUGGGGCCUUCCUUUCCCUCCAUCUCCUCCUUCAGAGCCUCUUUGCCUUCCUGGAGCAUCGGCGGAUGAGGAGCCCCUCCCUGCCACAGCACCUCCGAAGAUCUGUGGCUCUCUGCAUUGCUGCUUACCAGGAGGACCCAGACUACCUGAGGAAAUGCCUUCGUAGCGUCCGCCGAAUCUCCUUCCCUGGUCUGAAGGUGGUGUUGGUUGUGGAUGGGAACCGGCCAGAGGACAGCUACAUGAAUGACAUUUUCCUAGAGGUUAUGGGUGGGGCUGACCAGGCUGGCAGGAUGGUGUGGAAGGGAAACUACCACAGUGACGGGAGUGGAGGUGGAGGAGUAGGAGGUGGAGUGAGGAGCACAGUGCACAUGGAGGAGGCAGCACGAGUGGCUCGGCUGGUCAGAGGCUGCCGCUACUCCUGUAUCAUGCAGGAGUGGGGAGGGAAAAGAGAGGUGAUGUACACUGCCUUUAAAGCACUUGGGGACAGUGUGGAUUAUUUGCAGGUGUGUGACUCGGACACAGUUCUAGACCCAGCAUGCACCAUAGAAAUGCUGAAGAUCCUUGAGGAAGAUCCUAUGGUGGGAGGGGUUGGUGGAGACGUGCAGAUUCUUAACAAGUACGACUCCUGGAUCUCCUUCCUAAGUAGCGUACGCUACUGGAUGGCCUUCAACAUCGAGCGGGCCUGCCAGUCCUACUUUGGGUGCGUCCAGUGUAUCAGCGGCCCUCUGGGGAUGUACAGGAACUCUUUGCUCCAGCGCUUCCUGGAGCCCUGGUAUCACCAGACGUUCCUAGGCUCUAAGUGUAGCUUUGGUGAUGACCGCCACCUCACCAAUCGGGUGCUGAGCUUUGGCUACAAGACUAAAUUCACUGCACGAUCACAUUGCCAGACUGAGACACCGACCCAGUAUCUGCGGUGGCUCAACCAGCAGACUCGAUGGAGCAAGUCUUAUUUCCGCGAGUGGCUGUAUAACGCCCUGUGGUUCCACAAGCACAGCCUCUGGAUGACCUAUGAGUCUGUGGUCACAGGUUUCUUCCCUUUCUUCUUGGUUGCCACCGUCAUCCAUCUCUUCUACCGUGGAAGGCUUUGGAACAUCCUGCUUUUCUUAUUAACAGUCCAACUGGUCGGGAUGGUGAAGGCCACCUACGCCUGUUUCCUGCGUGGCAGCCUGGUGAUGAUCUUCAUGUCCCUAUACUCUCUGCUUUACAUGUCCAGCCUGCUCCCUGCUAAAAUAUUUGCCCUGCUCACCAUCAACAAGGCUGGAUGGGGAACUUCAGGCCGCAGGAAGAUUGUGGUAAAUUUCAUUGGCGCUGUGCCUGUCACAGUGUGGGCUAUGGUCCUGUUUGGGGGGGUGGUGUAUACAAUCUACUGUGAAACACAGGAGCCAUUUAGUGAGAGAGAGAAAGCCUUGUUGAUAGCAGGGGCAAUACUCUAUGCCUGCUACUGGCUCAUUCUGCUGGUUCUUUACCUGGCAAUCGUAGCCAAACGUUGUAACAAGCGGGAAGAGCAAUUUCAACUGCCAUAUGCAGAAGCAUAAACCUGCCUCCAGGAAGGACAUUCACACUGGGUGCAGUGGGACUCCAGCAAUGACUCUGGACCUCUGAAGUGCUAAACUGAUGAACUGGGAAUCACAAACACAAACAAAUCAUCAUUGAUGUUGAAAAGGUUUGAAUCUGAAAUCUGGGACAGGAAUCCAUUCCUCUUGGGGGAGACUCAGUGAUGAGAGGAUCCAGAGAGCACAAUGUGCACAACGGUGCUUAACACUAAAAAACCAAACCAAACCAACUGAUCCAAUGAUAUUACAAUGAUUUACAAUGAUUACAAUGAUUUUUGUGUCCAUCAUUUUAAUAGAGAUGAAAUGGGGUCAAAUGUGACAGAACUAAACAUGUAAAAUUAACUAUAGAUAGCAAGGUAAUUCUCUAGUCCAAGCACUUCUAAAUCAGAAAAGAUGAGGGCACAGUGGUUGCAUUUAGACAUAAGACAGAAGUGUGUGUUGAAUGUGGUGCAAUGCCAGAGCCAAUUAAGGGAACUGACUGGGCAUGAUUAAAUUAAAUUCUUUUUAUUUUUUGCAUAGCCCAAAAUCGCAAAUUACAAAUUAGCCUCAGAGGGCUUUACAGUCUGUACACAUGCAACAUCCUGUCCCGAAACCCUCACAUCGGCACAGGAAAAACUCCCCAAAAAAUGAAAAACCCUUCGAUGGAGAAAAAAGGGAAGAAACCUUAGGGAGAACGUCAGAGGAGGGAUCCCUCUCCCGGGAUGGACAGACUGCAAUGGAUGUCAUGUGUACAGAAUAAACAAUGUAAAAGAUGUACAAUACAUGAUACAUGCCAAUUUGCUCUAGAUGGCACAAACUACAUAGGAGAAAGUUAAAAAUGUUUAAUCUUGAAGGUAAUACUCCAUUCAUCGCCACUCUUUAUAAAAAUACGAAGCUAGAGAGUACCCAGGAUUAAGAGAAAAAGAACAUAAGUUUAAUGACACAAACACUGUUGUGCACGUUGAGUUCUUAGUGACCUACAGCGUACAUUUGUACAGAUUGUGUAUAAAAAAGGUGUUUUUAAGUCGGGUUAUAUGAGUUAAUCCAUUGUUAGUGUGUUACCCUUCAGUUAAAUAGUAGUCGUCACGCCAGCAAUCAAUAAGGCGAUCUGUAGAAUACACUUAAACAGAGAUUCAUUUUUUUACGGUGGGCCUUAACUUUAGGUGGUUAAAGCGUUUUGCUGCUGCCCCUGUCCACAGCAGGAUAUUACUUUGCUCUUACUUCAAUAUUCUUGGUCAUUUCUCUAAACUAGGGGCGAGCCAACAGUCAUCCAAAGAAUGUUGACCUCAUACAUUUACAAACCUGAUUCCAAAAAAGUUCCAAAUUGUGAAUAAAAACAGAAUGCAAUGAUGUCGAAGAUUCAAAUUUCUAUAUAUUUUAUUCAGAAUACAACAUAUAGAUGACAUAUCAAAUGUUUAAACUGAGAAAAUAAAUCAUUUUAAGGGAAGAAUAAGUUGAUUUUGUCACCGUUUGGGUCCUCUUCCUGUCUUAUUUUGUAGUUUUCUUGUCUCUCGUGUCUCUGGGUGAGCUUCACGUCCUGUCCUGUGAUUGCCUGAUUGCUUCCACUUGUGUCCAAUCACCUGCACCUCCCUUGUGUAUUUUAGCCCCGUGUGCGUCAUUGUCUUUGUCAGUCGUCGGAGCACGCCUCUGUUCCUGUUGUGUUUAAUAAAGAACACAUUCCGUACGAAUCCUGCGCCUGGGUCCUACUUCCUGUUCCGCCUGCACCAGCGAACCCCAGCCUGACAGAAUGACGCGACCACCGAAGGACUCAGCAGGGUUCGACGUUAAAGAUCCAUUUUGGGAAGUCCUCAGCGCACGUUGGGAGCAGGUGCUGGCCGCCCACAUCCAGGCCACGUACGACACCAUCGCCCCAGGACCCCCGUCUCCCCCCGAACCGGCCCCAGUACCCCAGUCUCAGCCUUCUGUCAGGCUGGGGUUCCCUGUUGCAGGCGGAACAGGAAAUAGGACCCAGGC